AAAGCGCCGGCCCGUUGAAAACCUCGAAGAAGAAGAGAAGGCGUUCAACAUGUCGGUGUCAGAGCGGACUGUUUGUUGAAUUGUUGACUGUCCACUGAAAAUUAUCUAAUUUGUUUCAGUUCGCGGGCCGUUUCUGAAAUCGUGAUGCUAUACAGAGUCGAAGAAGAUGACUUUAUCUCGUAAACUUUGAUAUUUUAUCGAUUAGACAGUUAAAUCGUCGGGUAGCUUAGCCAGCUAACGAUAGCUCCCUGCAGCUAACUUUGCUUUGGUCUGUUUCGGUGACGAAAUGGGACGAGGAGAGGGACCGACGCGGAACCGACCCCCCAUGGGACCACCGGGCGAAGAUGGACCUCCUUUCGGCAUGGGUCCGCCGGACUGGGGCCUUCCACCGCCGGGAGGUUGGGGCCCUCCGCCGCCCGGAGGCUGGAGGCCUCCGCCGCCCGAUGAAUGGGGGGCAUCCCCGCCCGGCGGGUGGGACCCUCCGCCACUUGGAGGAUGGGGACCCCCACCUGAAGGAUGGGGCCCGAGAGGGCCACCUCCGCCCGGCGGUUGGGGCCCUCCGCCACCUGGAGGAUGGGGACCCUCACCUGAAGGAUGGGGCCCGAGAGGGCCUCCGCCGCCUGACUGGGAUCCAAGAGGGCCACCGCCGCCUGGCUGGGGCCCUCAUCCCGACGAUUGGUUGCCACCACAUCCCGACGACUGGAGACCUCCUCACCCCGACGACUGGAGACCUCCUCACCCUGACGACUGGAGACCUCCACCCCCGGACGACUGGAGACCUGCUCACCCCGACGACUGGAGACUUCCUCACCCAGACGACUGGAGACUUCCUCACCCUGAAGACUGGAGACCUCGUCCAGAAGAACUGGGACCUCCUGGCUGGGGUCCGGAAGGUCCACCUGAGCCAUGGGGACCCGAGCCUGUUCCACCCGGACCUGUACCACCUCCCCCUGUGGUGAUCCCUCCUCCGGAUCCCCCAGUUUACGGACCGGUGCCCGUACCUCCUAUCCCCCCUCCAGGCUGCGUGCCCCCGAUCGGCUUCCCGGGCUACCCUCCCGGCUGGACAGGAGAGCCUGUUGUAGAGGAAGAGAUGCCCAACCCGCCUCCAGAUCAGCCUGAGUGGAUUAAAGCGUUGAUUUCAGCUCCGGCUGCUGAUCCCAUUCCAGGGGAGACUAAAAAAGCCGCAGAGGAGCCAGAUGUCACUACGACACCUGCGGCCGAGACCACUCUGGUCCCGAAACCACAACCUAAACCUAAACCAGACCCCGUCAAGUCUGCCAAAGCUCUCGGCCUGCUGGGAAAACGCACCUUUGAUAAGCCUCCCCCGGGCAGAUCCACGGGCAUCAUCUCCUUCAUUGGGCCGAGCUUUGGCCACAUUGAGAGAGAAGAUCUGGAGAAGUUCACCUUCAGCUUUGAUGCCUUCUUCGGAAACCCCAAAGCCAUGACGCCCGGCGUCAGAGUUCACUUCACAGCCUGCAAGGAGAAGAACAGUCUGAUAGCGACGGAUGUGAAAGUGGCACCCGGUGGGACGGAGAACGUGGACACAGAGAUCUAUGAGGCAGUGGUCAGCCAGCCUAUCACAGAGCCUCAGCCUGGUGAGCGUCAGUACCCCGGUCAGGUUCACGUGAACAUCGGGCCGCUGAGGACCAACCUGACGUUCGACAGGAAAGACAGCACGGUGACGCUGCUGAAGAACGACCAGGUACUCAUCAACCUGCUGUCCGACAUCGUCACAGAGAAGAGGAGAGCCACCAACAUUAAACCCAAAAUCCCUUCCACCUUCAGCCACACCAAGGAGACCAGAGAGGAGGGAGUCAUCAUCAGCCUGAAAGACAACGAAGGCAUCAUCACAUCGGACAAACACGGUGAGCUUCCCUUCGACACCAAGGAGAACUUCAGCGACGUCGAGUUCACUGCCGAGGACAUCAAUGAGCAGGUCGAGUUCACCGUUAUCAUGCUGAGAGCAGGGAUGCGUGCGAUCAGAAUCCGGCGGGUGAAGGAGCCGCUCCUCCUGACCUUCUGCUCCGCCGCCUCUGCUGUCACUGAGGAAGCUGAGACCCAAAGCACAGACGGUGACAGCGACAAAGACUCUUCCAAGUGUGUGAAAGGGAAGACCAACGGCAAGCCAGAGCUGGGCCCCAACAUGAAGCUGGACCCGGAGCUGUAUGAGGGCAUCGUCAGCCAGCCAAUCAUUGAGCCCACGCCCCACAUGAGCGGAUACCCGGGUCAGAUCCACGCCAACAUUGGCCCCGUCAAGACCAACGUGACCUUCGACCACCGGGACUGCGGCGUCACGUUGCUGAAGAACGACCACGUAUUGAUCAACCUGCUGUACGACACGGUGACCAGGAAGAGGAGAGCAGCCAACAUCAAACCCAAAAUCCCCUUCACCUUCAGCUACACCAAAGAGAAGAGAGAGCUGGGCGUCAUCACCUCUCUGGGAGCUGAAGAAGGCAUCAUCAAUUCGGAGGAGCAUGGCGAGCUUCCUUUUGACAUCUGUGAGAACUUCAGUGACACAGAGUUAGACAGCACAGAUGUCCACAAGGAGGUGGAGUUUACUGUGGCUAUGGUGAAAUCGAAAAAGAGGGCAAUCAGACUGAUGAGGACAAAGAGGUUUGAAGACAAAAUCCUGGAGGAGCAGAAAAAACGGGAGGAGGAAGACAAGAGAAAGAGGAGCGAGGAGGAGGAGAGGAGGAAACAAGAGGAGGUGGAAAGGAAAAGGAGGGAGGAGGAGGAACAACAGAGAGAGGCGGAGAGGAAGAAGAAGCAGGAGGUCGCAGCAGCUCUGGCAGCAGCAAAAUGCAAGUGGACGCCGCUCGGCUUCAAAAUGAGAGACCCCAACACACUGGACGAUAUUAGCAAGGAGCGAUUUGAAGGCACCGUCCUCAAGGCCAUUUCCAAAACCAUGAGCAAGAUCAAGAAGGAGCCAGCAGAGGAACCAGGAGGAGGGGAAGGAGGAGGAGCUGCUGAGGGAGGACAAGCACUCCUUGGACAGGUCAAAGUUAAAGUGGAGAAAAUGGAUGAAGAUGUGAAGGAAGAAAUGGAAGGAAAGCCUGUAAGAGAGAAUGAGAAGACAGAGGUGAAAAAGGAUCAAUCGGCUGGGACUGCAGCUAGGGCAGGAGCCAAACUAGAGCCAGAGAUGGGUCGACUGGUGAUGACCAUUGACGGUCAACAGAAACAGCUUCCCUUCGGUCCCAGUGACCUGCUGAGCACUGCCACCAUGUUGGAUGGAGACAAGGUGCGUUUCAACAUCGCCACCCACCGGCAGACCAAAGAGGAACGAGCGACUUAUGUGGAAAUUCUCCCCGACUCCUUUGAAGAGUCCAUUGAGCAACGUCGACACGGCAUUGUGAUCGAGUUCUCAGAUGACUCGGGGCUCAUCAAGUGCACUCAAAACCCUCAGCUCUACUUCCACAUGUCAGAAGUGAUAGAGAAGAAGAAACUGGAGCUGAACGAGAAGGUCGAGUUCAGUGUUGUGCCGCAUGAAACGGCGGAGGGGGGGAACCAGGCCAUCAGGAUAAAACGUUACACAGAAAACAUGUUCCUCCCUGUCCGGAAACUGGGCGGCGUAGGAGCAAACAAAGGAAAGAUGACCAUCAAGCUGACGAAAGCUUCAGAAGACACAGAGAAAGAAAAACCAGAAGCAGACAAAUUAAAGGCGGUUGUAAAAAAUCUUAGAACGCAGGACAGCAAGACCAGUAUCAGCAGAAGGGAUUACAGUGGGACUCGCCACAGAUAUGGCCGCAGCAGGAGCAGAAGUAGGAGCAGGAGCCACAGCAGGAGUAGAGCCAGGAGUAGAAGCAAAAGUAGGAGCAGAAGUCCAUCCAGAGACCAGUUUGGACGUAUCCUCAAAAGGAGAUGCAGCAGCAGCGCUGACCGUGACCGGAAAAGCAGUAGGUACAGGCGAAGCAGAAGCCGAGAGAGGUCUGAUAGGCGCAGUAAGAGCCGCAGUAGGAGUCGCAGCAGGAGUCAUAGCCGAACCAAGAGCUCCAGUAGGAGUCACAGCAGGAGCCGCAGUCGGAGCAGGGAGAGAAACAAGGACAGGGUCAGCAAGAAGAGGAGCAAAAUCAGCAGAGAGCAUGAAGAGGGUCAUAAGAGAAGGAGAGAAUUGAGCCCUCCACCCAGACGUGUUGGGGUCAUGGAGGAUGAGCUGGCAAGGAAGAAGCGGGAGCUGGAGGAGCUGAAUGAAAUGAUUGCCUACAAAAAGUCACUGGUGGACAGAGACCCUGGCCAGAGGACCUGCAUAGACUACGACCAUGGCAGGAUUGCCAUCCCACUGACUGAAUAUAAACCAGUCCGGUCUAUAUUGAAGAAACGACCAGAGGGACCCGAGUACCACCAUCGUCCUCCUCCCUAUGAUGAUCCCUAUUAUGAACGACCGUACAGUCCUUACCAAGAUCGGCGGUACGGUGACCGCUAUGGUGAUCCAUAUGCUAGCCAUCCUUAUAAUGAUCGUCCGUACGGUGAGCGUCCUUAUGGUGACCACCAUUAUGAACAUCGUCUCUAUGGUGAUGCUGUGUAUGGUGGCACUCCGUCUGCCAGCCAGCGUUACACUGAUCGCUAUGAUGUUUAUGAUGAACCCUAUGAUGAUCGAUACUAUGAGCCGACAUAUGCGGACCGAUCAUACGAUGAUCCAUAUCGCCCUGUCAAACGGAGCCAGUCUCCCCACGGUUCCUUACCCCCCUCUCAGUCUGGCCAAGUUCCUGCUGCCUCCCCUCAGCCACACUUGACACAUAGUGUUGGUACUUCAUCUUCCCAUCCCCCUUUCAGACCUCCGUCUCCUGCCGAACCUCCUCCUCGAAGCCCCUCUCCCAUAAUGAAGAACACAACACCACGGCAGUCACCUCCAGCUGAGAAACCACCCCUUGAUCGUUUCCUCGACAUGCUUAAUAAAAAGGUGGAUGCUGAAAAGAAAUCAGAACUGGUUUAUGUGAAUGAUGACCUUCUGCCUCACGAGCGGGCACUUCAAGAUGGCAGGGGUUUCUCUCGGAUUGUGGGAAUGGCUCAAGAGCAGCCCAACAGCAGCCUAGGAGGAGAAGGGGAAAAGAACCAACUAAGCCCUAAACGGUCCUCAGUAGAGAGAACAAAAGAGGAGUCAAAUAGCAAGACAGAACCCUAUGACAAGAUCCAGAGUCUGCUACGUACGAUUGGCCUGAAGCUGAGUACAGGAGAUGUGUCCAAACUGGCAAGCCGGGCACAAGAGAAAAUCUAUAGCCCAAAGUCCUCAUCCUUGGAAAGAGAGACUUUAUCAUCCUCAAUGGAAGAACCGCGAACGAGUAGAACCAAUUCUGUUGAAGCAGAUCACAUCCAUUCCCCCUCCCCAGCCAGAUCCUCCAGUUUAGAGCCACUCAUCAGACAUAAAACAACUGUCUCAGAGUAUGAAGGAUUCCUGGACCAACAAGAGCUGGAGGCACUAAAGAAGGCACAACAGCUGCAGAGUCUUACCAAGACAAUGGGAAGCAUAUCUUCCACCGCUCCUACUGCAAAACCUUCUCCUGGACCUCCACUUGCUCUCUACCAGCAUCCACCUCCACCAGUCGAUUUGACCCUUGGAGUUACUACCCAGAUUCCGGCAUCCCAGAGCUCCACAACUCUCAGCAUGGGUAGUCCAGAUAUUCUUGCAGCUGGUCAACCACUCCAGAGUUUUGGACCUACUGCAGGACCCUCUCCUGGACCUCCUCCACGGUGUCAUGGGCAGUCUCCUCCAGGACCUCCUCCAGGACCUCCUCCUGGACCUCCACCUCGACGUGCUGCUGGUCAACCUCCUUUCACUCCACCUUCCGGUCACACAAUCUUGCCUUUUAUUGGGCAGUCUUCUGUAGCUCCACCCCAUAAUUCGUGCAGUACGCAGCCUUUGACCACUGCUGCGGUAACACCAGCACUAUCAACAACGACACCAUUGAGUGCUGCAAGUAAUGACCAAUCGGCCAUCUCUACAACAGUGGCCAGAUGCCUGAAGGUCAUAGAAACAGUGAAAUCUCUGGCUGCGCAGCCACCAACCAAACCAGUCAAAACAGUCCAGUUCAGCUUACCCACAGAGUCUUCAUCAGCCCCCAGUCCUCAGACUUCAGUAGGGACAGAUGAUGACAUAAAGAUCAAGCAGAAGGAGAAGCUGGAUUUGUAUAACCAGAGGAUUUUGGAAAAGAGGGAACAGCAGUAUAAGGAGAUGCUGGCUCGCAAGAAAGGAGAGAAGAACAAGGAUGGUACAAUGAUCUCCCCAGGUACAGGUGAAACAAUAAGACAUGAUCGGGGAGUUGUUGCCCGCCAUCACCAGGUUCCAGCCAGGAUGCAACUCAGGAUGAGUCCUGGACUCAGCAGCUCAUCUGAACGCUACAGAAACGUCGGACACAUCUGCUUGAGCAGUGCUGCAGCAGAUUACUGACUCUCCCACAAGAAAUGGAGACAUUUGGCAAUGUAUCUUUGCCCUUCUGUUAAGGCCUCCGAUCCACACUACCAACGUCACCAGAGAAAGCUUAUAUUAAUUUAUUAUUAAUUUUUAAGAUAAUCCAGAUACUUGACGUGUCACAAUCAUAUCUUUAUUUCAACAGAUAUCUUUAUGUGUACAGUAAAGUAAAACACAGUGUCGUAGUUUAGUCGUAAAGGAUGUCAUGGUCUUGAGUAUAAUUUAAAGCUUCUCUGAAAAGCAAAACUCUAAUCCACAAUGUCCAGCCUCCUCGUUCUUCCCCCCACUGUCCAAAUUAGUUGGCCUCAGGUUUGUAGUUUAUGCAACACAUGACAUAAAAUACUUACACAAAGAAAGUCCUUAAGAUGUGAGAUUUCACCACAGGGAGCUUCCUCAAGAUGAGCCUUAAAGAUGAGGUAAUAAAGCCAGAUCUGCUUCACACCUUUGUCCUUCACUACUACCAGUUUCCAAGUUGACUUCCAGUCAGAACUGGUAUAAAUCAGUGGAGGGAAAAAAAAAGCAAGGUAGAGACUUUCAGAGCUGCUGGACUUCUGGGGUCAUGGUUCAGGUUCCCAUCAGUAGUUCAGCCUUGGGUGUACUGCAUGAGUCCAGAUGUUGCGUUUGACGGUUCAGUCUGAUACCCAGAAACCUUGUUUGUUCACCAUCAAAUCCCUGAUGUUACGCUGUAUGUCUUUGAGCUGUAACCAGUCGACCAUUCACAUGAGGACUAUUUGGUUUGGAAGUUUUUGGCAGGUGAAAAGCCAAAAACCAUCGUGUAUUUCAGAUCCAAAAAGAAGAAUAUCUUGAUUCAUUAUGUCCUGCUAAGCCGCAGUUAACGCAGUUACUGAAGUCUUCAUUGGCCUGAUAAGCAGUGAUGCAAGACUGCAGCUAAUCACUAUUUCCAAAGUUGUUUAUGAUAAAAUAAGCAAAAUACUGAGAAAUGUUAUAAUUUGCAAGAACCUAAGGUGAUCGAUUCAGACGUCUCAUUUUGUCCAACUUAAAGGAACGAUAAAUUAUCUUGAAUGACAAACUGGCGCUCAGGAAUGUUUGGAGUAUUGAUUAAAAGUGACACAGUUAAUCUAAAUCUAAUUUUAUUAUUAUUAUUUUACUUUUUAACUUUCUUGAAUGUUCUGGACCGAUAUUUUCAGCUCUGCUAAAGGCCAACGCUCCUCAGUAAAGUUCAGGCUUCAUUGUUCACACUGGGUUUCAGGAUUCAUCACAGCAGAGUGUAAAUGUU